AUGAAAUUCACUACUGUCGCUGCUACUGCCGGUUUAAUUGCCUCAGCUCACGCUAACUUGGACAUCAGCAAGUCCAUUGGUGUUGGUGCUGAUGUCGGUGUUGAUGUCGGUCUUGACAAAAGCAUUGGCCUUGACAAAUCUAUUGGUCUUGACAAAUCUAUUGGUCUUGACAAGUCUAUUGGUCUUGACAAGUCUAUUGGUCUUGACAAGUCUAUUGGUCUUGACAAGUCUAUCGGUAUUGAAAAGUCCAUUGACAUUGGUGUCAGCAAGUCCAUCGGUGUUGAGAAGACCAAGCCAGCCCCAGCUCCACCAGCUUCAACUACUGUUGCUAGCGAGUCAACUGUGUUGACUACUACUCAUGAAAUCGAAACCACCGUGAUCACCGUCACCCAAUGUAAGGACAAUGCUUGUUCUUCAGUUCCCGUCACUACCGGUGUCACCACUGUCACUGAUGUUACUACCACCUACACCACAUACUGUCCUUUGACUUCGAGUGUCCCACCUCCAGUCAGCUCAUCAGUUGUGCCACCACCACCUCCACCACCAUCUUCUUCCGCUGUUCCACCUCCACCACCAUCUUCAUCUGCUGUCCCACCUACAUCUUCCUCGGUUGUUCCACCUCCAUCUUCCUGGGUUGUUCCCCCAUCAGCUAGUUCAUCGGUUGUUCCACCAAAGAGCUCCUCUUCAGUUGUUCCACCACCAGCUAGCUCAUCAUCCGCUCUUAGCUCCUCCGUGCCACCAAAGAGCUCUUCUUCAGCUGCUCCACCACCACCAGUCAGCUCCUCAUCUUUGGCUACAACCACCACCGAUGUCGAGACCACUACCAUCACCAUCACUUCAUGCAGCGAAAACAAAUGUUGGACCUCUACUGCUACUACUGGUCUCACCACUGUUACUGAAGACACCACCAUCUACACCACUUACUGCCCAUUGACCUCAACUCCAGUUGCCUCAUCUUCGUCUUCAUCAGCUUCAGUUGCUAAGUCCUCAUCGUCGUCGGCUCCAUGGUCAUCUUCAUCAGUUGCUAAGCCUUCAUCGUCAUCGGCUCCAUGGUCAUCGGCUCCAUGGUCAUCUUCAUCAGUUGCUAAGCCUUCAUCGUCAUCGGCUCCAUCAUCUGGCGCAGCUUCACUGACCACCCCAGUCUCCAGCACCACCGCUACUCCAAAGUCAUCCACUACCGUGUCAGUCUUGCAAGGUGCCGCAUCUGGAAACAGCCCCGUUUUCGCCUUGUUGGCCAUUGCUUUGGCUUACUUUAUGUAA